UCCAUCAUUCUCUCUCGCACAGCCCACCAUAAGCUCAAUUAAUUAAUGAUCCUUUCCUCCCGUCUUCUACGCCCCAUUAUUCGCUCUACGAAAAGAACCUGCUCUCCAAAUCCUUCCGCAAUCCUCCGAACUCUGUUGCGACAACCACCACAGCUACGAUACAUUGGGUUCAAGAUGGCGAUGGAAGAGCCUCCGUCGCUGGCGGCGGAUAGUCCGAUAGGUUCUGGAAAGGAGGUAGAUACACCGAAUGGGGAUGUGGAUGUGUCGGGACAGAAUAGUAUGCAGACGUGGGAACCUAGAUUUGUUGAUAUAGGAAUUAACCUCACCGAUCCCGUCUACAUAGGCCUGUACCACGGAAAGCAACAACACCAAAACGAUCUCGCGGCUGUGGUACAAAGGGCUAGAGAUGUGGGAUGCGAGAAAUUGAUUGUUACUGGGAGUGAUUUGAAACAUUCGAAGGAUGCUGUUAGGUUGGCUGGAGAGUUCCCAAACACAAUAUACGCAACCAUCGGCGUCCACCCAUGUAACGCCCAGUCACUCACUCCAGAAACCCUCUCCCAGCUCACGACCUUCGCCCAAACCUCCACAAAAGCCGGCCAAGCAGUCGCCUUCGGCGAAAUAGGCCUCGACUACGACCGUCUCGAACUCUGCCCAAAAGAUAUCCAACUCCGCGCCUUCGAACAGCAACUCUCCCUAGCAGUAGAACUACAACUCCCGCUCUUCCUCCACUCCCGUGCCGCACACGCCGAUUUCCUGCGCUUACUCUCGGAACACGAGAAAGAUCUCCCGAAACGAGGAGUCGUGCAUUCAUUUACCGGUACUAUGGAGGAGAUGCGAGAGUUGGUGGAGAGGGGAUGGCAUAUUGGCGUCAAUGGGUGUAGUUUGAAGACGCAGGAGAACUGUGAUGUUGUGAAGGAGAUUCCGCUGCAUAAGCUUCAUCUUGAAACCGAUGGUCCUUGGUGCGAGAUUAGACCUACACAUGCUAGUUCGGCUAUCUUGGCUAAGAUGCGUGAAGAUCUCGGGUUUGCUCCUAAACCGAAGGGGAAGCCUGGGAAUGGGAAAGGAGCAAAGGUGGAUGCUGUGGAAGGGGAGGAUCCUGGGAUGGGAUGGGGUGGUGGCUGGAAGAGCGUGAAGAAGGAGAAGUGGGUUGAGGGGGCGGUGGUUAAGGGGAGGAAUGAGAGUUGUUUUAUUGGGAGGGUGGCGUGGGCGGUGGCUGGAAUUAAGGGGUUGAGUGUGCAGGAGGUUGCGGAUGCGGCGUGGAGGAAUUCGGUGGAGAUGUUUGGGCUGGGUGUUGGUUUGGAUGGGGAGGUCCAAGAGGAGGAAAGCAAGGGAAAAGCUUUGAGAAAUGGAGUUGAGGGGUUGAAGUCUGAGUGA